AUGUCGACGUAUACCAGCGACGGGUUCCACGCGUCGAAGCAGGAAGGCCACGUCCAGAUCAGAGACGCCGACGAACAGCGGCGGGGCGCCCCGGAAGCCGGCUAUGAAACGCCCUUCCAAACCCUAAAGAAUCGAGUGCUUGAUGCCAUUGAGAAAUACUGGCUCUUUGAGUUCUUCGGAUGGACCUUGGCGCUGGGCUGCUUCAUCGGCGCCGUGUCUCUUCUCGCCGUUCACAGUGGCAAGGAAUCGCCCAACUGGACAUUGACCGUGGGUGCUGGCCGAUAUCACAAAACUUUUGGCCUCACCGUCAACACUGUCAUCUCGAUCUUUGCGACGGCCUUCAGCUCGGGCAUUCUCAUUCCUGUGGCCGCCUCGAUCAACCAGCUGAAAUGGGUGUGGUUCCAGAAGGGGCGUCGGCCUCUGGCACACUUUCAGAAGUUCGAGUCUGCUGCCCGCGGUCCUCUAGGCUCGAUCGUGCUUCUGUGGACUCUGCGUUGCCGUCGCCUGGCAUGUAUCGGUGCCGUGAUUGUCCUUGCUGCCCUUGGUGUUGGCUUCUCCUUUCAAGCGCUGGUUGUCUACCCGCUCCAAGCAGUGGCCGUCGGUACCUCAGCAAUUCAAAGAACCAACAAUGAAUGGCAACCCAUCAGCGGUAAGUUUGUUGGCCUUACGACUGAAGUCCCCGGCAGUGUGAUAGGAGCGGUCUAUUCCGGCAUCUUCCAAUACUCGAGCGUCUUCUCGAACCGGCGGAUUGUCGAUGCGCCGGAGAUGAAGGUAUCCUGCUCAACGGGUAACUGCACGUGGCACGAAACGUAUACCUCGAUGAGCUUGUGCACCCAGUGCCACGAUAUCAGCUCCUCGAUCCGCAGCACCUGCGACACCGCCCACGUUCCCUGGAACGAGUACUACGGCAAAGCUGAAAACUCGACCACCGCGACCAUCCCCGUGCAGUACUGCAACUACACGCUCCCCAAUGGCCUGGAGGUCUCGGGACUACCGUCUACGAACUUUACACAACUCGCCAUGUCCAGCAACGUGGCCAACUCGCCGCAUUUCAACGCGGAUACCACGGUCUCUGUGCUUUCCGUCGUCACCACAGUCUGGGGCGCGAGCAAUCCCACUCCCGAGUACGGCACUUCCAUUCCCCUGACGCACGGCAUCUUCAGCAAGGGAGCCAUGGAAUGCGGCAUCUACUAUUGCGUGCAGAAGUUCAACACCACCGUCUCGAACGGCACGCUGGACGAAAGAGUCAUAGACACGUACGCGACAGGGCGGUACAGCACGGUCGACAAUGCGUACGUCCUCGAACCGCCUUCCUCGUUCACCAACGUAUCCACGAGAGAUGACCCCAGCGCGAACAUCUACUUGACGCCGAACUUCGUCUCGAUCAAGCAAUUUUUCAGCACCUUCUGGCAGGGCAACUGCAGCGUGACCGAGGCGGGCAGUGCCAACCCCCAAUCGCCCUGCACCAGCCAGAUGGCGCUCCUCCUCAUCCGCGAAUCCUUCGGCACCUACCCGGCCAUCUUGUCCCGGUUGGCCAAGGCGAUGAGCUACGCGAUGCGCCUGCAGUCGACGCCGGAAACCCGGCCCGCGGCCCUUGGCGUCGCGUAUCAGCACAAACCCCACGUCAAGGUCCGGUGGGCAUGGCUGGCCCUGUCGGCGAGUCUGCUCGGCCUGGCCCUCGUGCUGCUCGUCGCCACGAUCGUCAUCACGGCCCGGGAGAAGACACUGCUGUGGAAAGGGUCGAGUCUGGCGGCGUUUUCGCACCCCCUGACAAGCGACGCGCGCGCCGCCGUGAGUGAAGCCACGAGUCCGCGCGACGUGGUCAGGAUGGCCGAGAAGAUGGAGGUCAAGUGGGAGCCGACCGAUCGGGGGUUCAGGCUUGUGAGGUCUCAUGAGGCGUGA